AUGGCAACUCCGGUCGAAGGCAGCUUAGCUAGCUCCAAUGCCCAUCCACCUAUGCGCAUCGAUCCAGAUGGCGUCGUCCAUCUUGGCCGUGAUGGGGUUCUACGCUCGCUCAACGCUGAUCAUACUGUCGUGCUUGACUACCGUCGCCUGUCGCCUGAGGAGAUAAGAGACUUUGCAUCUCCGGCUGACCAGGCUACCCAGAAUGCGCUUAUCGGGGUCGAUGGUCGUAACGUUAAUGACGUCAAACAGUUGUGGGCUGUUCCGGAUGUAAUCAUGCUUCCAAAGUCAUCCAACGAUCCGCCUGCUCAAUGA